AUGGCAUUUAUCGAUCUUGAGAAAGAGUAUGACAAAGUUCUCAAGGAGAUUUUGUGGAAGUGCUUGAAAGCUAGAGGGGUGCCCGUGGCUUACGCUAGAUCGAUCCAGAACAUGUACGAUGAUGAAAAGACUCGUGUGAGAACGACAAGAGAGGAUUCAAAGCACUUUUCAAUUUUGACAGAGUUGCACCAGGGAUUGACUCUUAACAUAUUUUUAUUUCCCUUGGUGAUAGAUGCUUUGACGCGACAUAUCCAAGGGGAGGUGCCUUGGUGUAUGUUAUUUGCUGCUGAUAUUAUACGGAUUGAUGAAACUCUGGGUGGAAUUAAUGAUAAGUUGGAGCUUUGGAGACAAACCCUUAAAUUUAAAGAAUUUAGGUUGAGCAGGACUAAGACGGAAUACUUUGAAUGUAAGUUUAGUGAUUUGUCGCACGAGGCAAGCGUGGUAGUGAAACUUGAUUCCCAGGUUAUCCAGAAGAGGAAGUGUCUCAAGUAA